UGAUUGCAAAAAGGCCAGGCGGAUAAAUUCAGACUACCGUGUAAACAUACCCAUGAAAUGCCACUUAUUAUAAUCAUUUGUAAUUUUUUUUAAACACGAGCAAAGUCAUAUGUUUACUAAAACACACACCCCCUGUGGAGCAGAGCGUGCAUCUGUAAAGCUGCUAUUUCACCAUGGCCCAUAAAAAGUGCUUGGCAUUUUCUAACAUUACGAUGCUUAAGAAACGCACCUUUCUUCUCGCCUUAAAAGUGUCACAUCAUCAUUUCUAACUUGUAAAUGUCAUCAUUAUGACCUUGCCAUCAUCCGGCUGCUUUUUAUAAAUCCCCUCCUCAGUCUAAAAAUAGCAACCGAACUUUGUUUGCGCUGAGCUUUUGUCUUCUGUCCUCGUGAGCGAUAAUUAAUCAGCUUUUAGUCUUUUAACAUCUUUGCGGCCGCUUUCAAUCACAGUCGAUAUGACACCCCCCCCCCCCCCCCAUCACCACCAUCCUCCUUUUUAUGUCAGAGAAACAGCGUUUUGGCCCUGGGUGUUAAAUUGAGUGGAAUUGAUUUUACGCGGCAAGCUGAAGACAUCUGAAGGGCUUGGACCCGCCGUCUCCUCCCACACACACACACUCGCACACACGCACACAAAGAUGAUAGUUAUAUAAGUUUCCCUUCCCACUCCCUCCUUCCUCUCUGCCAUGAGCAGGGGUGUUGUCAUAGCAACCGCACCCCUCCUUUGGACGUCAGAGGCAUGAGCUUGGAGGAUGAAGCUGUAUGCAGCGUCUGUCUUGCGUGCCUCUCAGAGAGCAACUGUCAUCUUUUUGGACUUCUCUUUGCGUGACACUUUGAGAACUGCAACGGAACAUCUCCCCCAGUGUGGACGGAUUUAAUAGCGGACCCGAGUCGCACACCCUCAGGCGCCGGUCCAGCUCCGUGCACAGCCCGCUUUCUCUCUUCUCAUCCAUUUUGGACCCGCCCCACACCUCUUAAGCUCCCAGUGAUGUCGUGGUUGUUCUUGGACUGGUUUGUUCCGCUCUACCUGCUGGUUUCAGUCCUGGUACUGGCGGGCUUUGGCGCGUGUCUGUACUUCUUGGAGCCCGGGCUGCACGACACACAUAUGUGGAGCAACAAAAACGUCAGGCAUCGCCCGCUGGUGGCCAGCGUGAACUGUAGAGAUGGUGACACAGAUGCUCUCAUAUGAUCGGGAGGGGCGGCGGGGGGACUUCCACAAUGGAAAGAGGAGGGAUGAUCUGAUAAGCCUUAUCCCAUCACAUCAACUUUUCUCUGAUCCCCAGCAUAUUGUAGUUUUUUUUCAGGGGUGAAUCAGACUAAAGUGAAGCAGAUGGGUUCUACUAUAAAAGAUGCCGGAACGAGAUUGUGAAGUAGCAUGAUGGCUUUUGGAAAGGUUCGAUGUCAACAGUUGUGCCAUUGUCCACCUGUGCCAAUUUUUUAACAUUCAUUGGUGUUGUUUUUGUAGUUUGGCGACCAUUUCAAGUGUACUGUAUAAUGGUGUUGACUUGUGUAUUCCUAUUGUUAAAGUGACAUAUAACACCAGACACGUCAGGUCACCCUGCAUAAUUUUCCAGGACUUUAUUUUUCAUUUCUACCCCCCUCUGCCAUGGCUUUAGAUAUUUGGUUUGCAUAUAGAAAAUAGCUUGUUGUUUUGUUUGGACAAUGCAGUGCAAUUGUCCAACCAAGGCAAAUACACAACCAAUCAAAACUGUGCAUGAUUAUUACUAUAAAGGCCAAUUUUUGUAUUGGAUCACAUUGUUGGGUGUACCUACUGUUGUGGCCAUUGAUGCUGUCAAUUCGGGGAUGGGCAAAGUAUUUUUAUCAUUUUUCAAAAUUUUUGAUGUAUUUAUUUUUUCAUCAAUAUUUGUAUUAAUGGAAUAUUUGGCUAUUUACUGUCAAUGGUAGACUGAUAUAGUAAAAAAUUAACAAAUUUACAUUCCAAAAGUACUUACUUAUUUACAUCAGAUUUUUAAAAAAACAAAACAUGUUUUAACUUUUUUCUCCCUGCAACCUCAUCUCCGAAUGAAUUUAAAUUAAAACGGUCCCCUUGAGUUUGCCCACCCCUGAUGUAAUUACAUUGAAUUUUUCCCUCCUCUCCCUGGCAGUGUCCACAUACCAACAGAUGCUGAGAAGCAUGUAGACGGUUUGUGCCACUGUGUUGUAGUGUCUAUAGUACAAUAUGUAACUAAUAAAAACAGCAAAUGUGUGUUCAUAGUCGACAGAGAUCUUUUUGUUAUUGUGCUGACUGUGCGCUUCCUUAUCUGUUGGUACCAAAAAUAAAAGUAUAGUAUGUAAUGGUGAUUAUUUGUGAUGUCAAGACCAGGACAGAGCUCCGAGCGAGGAUGCGAUGUGGGUGUGAAACAACAGUGCAGGCUCAGUGUGCAGGAAUCACGAGAAUGCCACUUGUCCACCCACGACGCCCACUAUGUCUUUCCUUGUCAUGGUGUUUGUCUCCUUCACUCACUCAAGUGUGAUAGGAACCAGACAACAGCCUACAUAUGCAGGUUGCUCUCUAAUCUCAUUUCCCCAAGGUAAGAAGCAGCAGGAAAGAAGAAUGAGCGUAUUUGACCGACUGUCACCUUUAAUCCCUCGGCUGUCGGCGUCCUCCAAACAAGCAAAAGAGCAUCCUCAUCUUCCUCAUCCUCCUCAUUCUUCAUCUGCUCUUUUGUUUGCUCCUGUCAAAAGGAAAGGGAUUGACAUCCCUCCGUUUAAGCCAAAGGGUGUCAGUUUUGGGUCUGCUUCUUCAUCUUCGUGUCUUGGUCUUCCCACCGCAUUACUAGACCAGACUGAGCCCCAAGCCAGGCUUAAUCAGAAAGCGUCCCUGGAUUUUUCCAGUAGAGAUCAUCUUGUUUAUCAGCCUGGAUAUGAGAAAAUGCAGUGUGAAAACCAAACAGAUGCAUGGAUGACUCCUGAGGCCUCCAGAACGUGCUGGAGAGAAGAUCCCUUUGACCCUCAACUCAGGUGGCAUUCGAAAGAAGAUACUAAAAGUCCAUCAUCCAACACUUCAGUCAAUGUUGAAUCCAUAGACAAGCAGAGAUUCUGGUCCACGCCUUGGACGGAUGUUGAUCUGGAACACAGUUGUCAAUCAAGAGAGAAGCCUCCAACAACGCAGGCUCCCUGGUGGACAUACAGAGGAACAUCAUUUAAGACAUGUCUGGUGCAUCCUGUGCAAACAUCUUCUGGACCGCACAAGGGAAUCUCAUCAGCAAAUAGUAGUGAAGAGAGUGACUUUCAAAAAGGAGCUCAUGAAGCUUGCACCAAACUGCAACAAGAUGCUUUCAACCUUGACAGGCCUUCACCUGAAUGCUCAAAAAAAAUUCGUCUUCCAGGGGAGGAACCAGAGGAUCCCUAUUACGUCAGCAUUUUCUACCCAGAUUCAGUGUAUGAAGACAUGUCGGACAUAGUUCCUCCAGAAGUGAGACCCAAACCGGCCGUCCCUGCCAAACCCCCUAAUGUGGGUGCUCCCUCCCCAUCCAACCCCUUCCCGCCUCAAGGGCCGGGCAUAGGAGGAGUAGGUGGCGUAUCGGCGGCACCUCCCAGUGCCAUCCCGGUGCCCAUCGGGAAUCACGGCCCGAGCCACGGGGGCUCUCAUGCCGGUGUCGCCGCUCACGUUGUAGGCCACAAUGUGAGCCACGGUGCGGGUCACGCUGCAGCCCACGUCGGUAGCCAUGGUCACGGCACCUCCAACAGCACCAGCGGCGGGUCCACUCUGCUCGGUUACAUCGGAAUCGACACCAUCAUCGAGCAGAUGAGGAAGAAGACGAUGAAGACGGGCUUUGACUUUAACAUCAUGGUUGUCGGUCACAGCGGUCUGGGCAAGUCGACCCUGUUGAACACCUUGUUUAAGACGCAGGUGAGCAGGAGGAGUGCAGGAUGGUCCCGUGAUGACAAGAUCCCUAAAACUGUGGAGAUCAAAUCUGUUUCUCACGUUAUCGAGGAGGGCGGCGUGAAAAUGAAGCUUACUGUUGUCGACACGCCUGGAUUUGGGGACCUAAUCAAUAAUGACAACUGCUGGGAGCCCAUUUGCAAGUACAUCAAUGAGCAGUAUGAGAAGUUCCUCAAAGAAGAAGUGAAUAUCACCAGAAAGAAGCGCAUUCCCGACACCAGAGUGCACUGCUGUCUCUAUUUCAUCUCCCCGACUGGACACUCACUGCGGCAGCUCGACGUGGAGUUCAUGAAGCGCUUGAGUCACUCCGUCAACAUAAUUCCCGUGAUAGCCAAGGCCGACACCAUGACCCCCGAAGAGAGACAGGAAUUCAAACAGCGGGUGAAAAAGGAACUGGAGAUGAACGGCAUCGAGUUUUACCCGCAGAAAGAGUUUGACGAGGACAUGGAGGACAAGAGCGACAACGACAAGAUCAGAGAGGCGAUGCCCUUUGCUGUGGUGGGUAGCGACAAAGAAUAUCAAGUGAAUGGCAAGCGCGUUUUGGGGAGGAAGACCGCAUGGGGAGUUGUCGAAGUUGAAAAUAUGAAUCACUGCGAGUUUGCCCAGCUGAGAGACUUCAUCAUCAGGUCUCACUUGCAAGAUCUGAAGGAGGUGACUCACAACAUUCACUACGAAACAUACCGUGCCAAGAGACUCCAUGAGAACGGAGGCCUGCACCCCGUCAACACCCAGGAAAGCAACCUGUAAUCACUCAGUGUCGUCGAUAGAUAUGCUCGACAUUAUAUGAUCAUGACCGGCAUCGCCGCAUGCUUGAAACACACGUAAAUGUGUACAUAUCAGUGUCAUUUAUUGGUAUUUUUUUAUAAACCCUCCUUGCUUGUCAAAGUAAGUUAAUAUUUGGGUGUGCCACCCAGCGUCUUGGUGCCAUGAUAUGAAAGACUGACAAUGACUGGGAAGUGUUUGUAGGUUCGUCGAAGCAUAGGAUGUGUCUCAGUGAGAAUGCCGUUAUAUUUAGUCUGUAGGUUUUGUGACUGGAUCUUUUCAUUACUUUUGUUUGGCAUAUACAUUCGAUCAGGUUCAAAAUUAUUUUUUUUUCUAAAGAAUUUACAAUUGCAGUUAAAUAUAUUUAAGUCAACUCAACAGGAAGAGCUCAAACCUGUCAAGGGUGGGUAAAUCUUUAAUUAACUCCGACUAAUUGUGACGUCAUUAAAGUGCCAUACUACUUUCUACCGCUUAGCGGCAGCACUCUUCCACAGUAUCGCUCUGAACCAUCGCAAGAAUUUUUUUUUGCCUACGGUCAUUAUUUAAAAUUUAGUCCAUAAUUAGCUAUUAUUAUUUGAUUCCAAACUACACGUAUUACACAGGAUUCCAACAACAUGCUAAGUCUUUAAAUGUUUAUGUUCUGUCAUGGAAUUUCUGCUGUUGUGUACAAAUAUGACAAAACUUCAGGCACUUUUAUCAAUCAGGUUCGUUUUUUAAAAGUCAUGGUUUUACACAAACGUGCACAUUAGUGUGGUUUUUAUUUGAGAUAUGAGGUGUCUGAUGCAAUUUGAACGUGCUUGUGAUUUUGUUGCAGUCGGGUGAGAUGUAAAGAGCGCGUCACAUCACUUUUUUUCUGAUCACUUUUUGCAUGCUUGAAUCCAAAUCGUCUGUGUGCCUAACCAAUCACUGCUCUGUUACAUUGACUAUUUCCAAAGGUCAAGUUAAAUACAGUCAUUGAAAUGAAACACUGCCGUCUGCAAACUAAAUGGGCAGCCCAUGAUUGAACAAAUCGCUCAUCCUUUCCAUUUGUAAUCGCUUACAACGUUUCGAAGUUGCUGUUAAUCGUUGAACGCAAUAUAAUUUGAAACAAUACUGAGUGCAUUUUUAUUUCUCUUGUUUAUUGGGAUUUUAUUUAAUAAAUGUACAUUCCCAUGGAAAUCCUUUCA